ACACACAGACACACACACAGACACAGACACUUCAGCCCAAUAGACAACAGUGCAUGUGAGUGAAUGUGCAGGUGUCCCCACUACACUGUGUCCCCAGAACAACUGCACCCAGGGAACUGCUCUUAGAUUUCAGCCCCCCCCCAUUCCCAAUCCUAAUCCUGUUCUCUCUCCCCUCCCUGUCUGAGAGCUGGGGGUGGGGACAACACACGGGAACUGCAGGUCUGGAAUCAUCCGGGAAACACUGAAUUCUCCAUGUGACUCUGACAGAUUGUCUCUCACGUUGGAAACUUGGUCCCGUCUCUGUCCACGGAAGUCUCUGCAGUAGGACAAUGGUGUCAGGCCGGGGGGCCGCUGUGCUGGGGCUGCUGGUGGUCAGUUGUGUCUCCAGACAAAUCCCACUUACAGUGGAACAACUGCCCACGAUCACAGACGUCACCAAAGGAACUCAAGUUGCUUUUCCUGCUCAUGAAGAUUUUACCCUGAAAUGUGAAGCGAAAGGGAAUCCACGGCCAGUAUUCCAGUGGACGAAGAAUGGACAAUCCUAUGACCCAUUCAGUGACCCAAAUGUGCUCACAAGUGAAGAUUCCGGAACAUUUACCAUCAAUCACAAUGCCCACAACAUUUCUUCCUACAAUGGCACAUAUUGUUGUUCUGUUACUAACAGACUGGGCACUGCCAUUUCCCAAGAAACCAACUUUAUUGUUCCAGGGGUACCAAAAUUCCCAAAACAUGAAAUUCUGCCCUUGAAAGUGAGUGAAGGGGAAUCUGUGAUUUUAAGGUGCAACCCACCUUCUGGAAUCCCACCAAUUCAUAUUUACUGGAUGACAGCAGACUUGGUGCAGAUUCGACAAGACGAACGUGUGUCAGUGGGUCAGGAUGGAAAUUUGUACUUUGCCAAUGUGCAGCAUUCAGACAGCAGGGAAGAUUAUUACUGCUGCGCAGGCUUUUCCAGAAUUAGAACUAUUGUCCACAGUGUGCCAAUGGCACUCACUAUCAUACCAGGUGAUUCCCUACAGGAGCGGAGGCCGAGGAUACUGACCCCCCAGGGCCCGAGUGGCUCCGUGACGGUGCUGAGAGGGGAGGAGCUGAGCUUGGAGUGUAUUGCUGAGGGUCUGCCGACCCCCAACAUCACGUGGUAUAAAGAGAACAGCGGCAGAGUCAUGCUGGGAAGUCAUGGCAAGUUACUGAAGAUUAAGGAUGUUUAUGAGGAGGAUCAUGGGAUUUACCUGUGCAAAGCUGAGAAUAGUUUGGGGUCGGUAGAGCAUGUGUUCCAUGUUCGUGUAGAAGGGCCUCCUCGAUGGAAGGAAGAGCCAGGAGACAGAGCAGUAAGUGUAGGAUCAAACGUUGUCCUCCAAUGCUCGGCAAUAGGGAGGCCUGACCCAGAGAUCAGAUGGAAGAGAAAUGGUCUCCCAUUAGAAAAAGGUUCUACUUCUCAUACCCAUCAUGUCCUGGACAAAGAAAUAAUCCUGAGGAACCUGCAACUGUCCGACACUGCAGUUUAUCAAUGCGAAGCAAGGAACAGGCAUGGGACCAUUCUAAGCAGUGCUAACAUCAAUGUUCUAGAUAUUGCCCCCGUGAUACUCACCCCCGACAGCAGAACCUACUCAGCCGUCCUUGGACACAGCAUCUCCCUGCAUUGUGAUGUCUUCGCUUUCCCUCCUGCUGAAGUCUUCUGGAGCCGGGAGGACAGCACUAUUGGGUUGCAAGCUGAGCGCUAUAUCGUGUAUGAGAAUGGCACUCUUCAUAUUGUAAUGGCCGAGACAGAAGAUGCUGGAGAUUAUACUUGUUGGGUGUCAAAUGCCAGAGGAAAGACUGCCCUCAGCACCCACCUGAUACUUCGAGAGCCAACAAGAAUCUUCUUGCUUCCCGAAAACCCCUGGGUCAGAAGCUCUCGUGACAUAACAUUGACUUGCCAUGUCCAGUGUGAUAUUUAUUUGUUUAACAGUCUCAACAUUAGAUGGAGAAAAAACGGGAAAGAGUUAAACAAAAGUGAUCAAAGAGUUCAGAUCCAGAUGGACACUUUAUCAAUUUCUAAUGUCAGUUGGGAAGAUGACGCCACCUACAGCUGCACCGCUGAAACCUCCCUGGACUCUGUCACGGUAGAGACUCACCUAAACGUUCAAGAUGUUCCAAAUCCUCCAACAAACCUGUAUCUGUCAGAGAAGCAAAACCGCAGUGUUCAACUGUCCUGGGCAACAAAUGACUCUCACAACAGCCCCAUCCUGGAGUUCAUUAUUGAGGCCCAGAGGCCAAACAACAAGAUGGCGUCAUGGGAGGACGCUGCGCGAGUUGGAGGAAACGCAUCCUCAGUUGUGCUGCCACUUAUUCCCUAUUCCGACUAUUGCUUCCGAGUCUUUGCUGUGAAUGAAAUUGGCAAAAGUCUUCCAAGUCCAGUGUCAGAGAGAUACAGCACGGCGCCCACGGCUCCUGACAGAAACCCCCAUGUUCUGUAUGUGGAAGCCGACAAACAAAAUGAACUGACCAUCAUGUGGGAGCCUCUGAGUUUGGAAGAGCAGAAUGGACCAGGAUUUGGGUACAGGGUCACAUGGCGACUGCAGGGGUUGGAGACGGAGUGGCACCAUCAGACAGUAGAAGAAUCCAUGUUUAGACUUAACAACACCCCAGUGUUUGCUCCAUAUGAAGUCUCUGUCCAGGCAAUGAAUGACAUGGGAAUGGGCCCAGAUCCAAAAAUACAUAUGAAAUUCUCAGGGGAGGACAUUCCAGAUGCUGCACCUUCUGCUGUACAUGUGGAUGUACUAAACAGUUCUCUGGCAAAGGUGGCCUGGACACAAGUAACCCAGAACCAAGUGCGAGGACAUCUGUCAGGCUACAAGAUCACUUACUGGAAAGUCAGGAGUCUGCUGGCAGAGAAGAAGCACCACACCAUGCGCCAUGUUCUGGUGUUCCCUGGCCCAAGGAACUGGGGGAUGAUUCCAGCACUGGAUCCUUUCAGCGAGUACCAGGUGAUGGUUGCGGCCUUCAACACUCGAGGAGAUGGACCAGCAAGUUCCCCAGUGACUUUCAAGACCCCCGAAGGAGUGCCUGACAAGCCACAUUUCCUACGUAUCUCAAGCUCAGACAAAUCCUCAUUCACUUUGACUUGGGGUCCUCCGAGGAAGAUGAAUGGGAUCCUGACGAGAUAUUUACUCCAACAUCAGAUAAUUAAUGACACAGAUGAAAUUGGGAACAUGAGAAAUAUUAACAUAUCAAACCCAGCAACUGUCAGCUGGCGAAUUCCGUGGCUCCACGAUGGCACCAAAUACAAGUUCUACCUGCGCGCCUGCACCCAGAGUGGCUGUGGCAAAGCUGUGAGUGAGGAAGGUUGGACUGGGGCCCAAACAAAACAAGUGGUGUCUUUAACAUCUCCGGUUACAGAGGUUCAGCAGUUGGGUGGGAACUUUACUACUCACCAGUUGUCUAAGACACAAGGGAUCCAUAAUGGAAUUUUGGAAAAUGUCAUUGAGAAGACAGGGAGAGCUUCGGCAGUGCAAGUCCUCGCCACCCAGGGUUGGUUCAUUGGACUGAUGGGAGCGGUCGCCUUACUGACGCUCACCCUGCUGACGGCUUGCUUUGUGCAGAAAAACAAAGGAGGAAAAUACUCAGUGAAAGAAACGGAUGAGUUGGGCAUCGAGGCAGAAGUACAGAUGAUGAAAGAUGAGCUGUUUGCUGACUACAGUGAUAAGAAACCACUGAAUGAAAGUGCCGAUUCCUUGAGUGAAGCUUCCGAGAGCUCAGGCAGCAUGGACAGCCUUGUACAAUACAGUGAUGGAGAGCAUGAGCAGUUUAAUGAGGACGGUUCCUUCAUUGGAGAAUACACAGAAACCAGAGACAGAUGUUCCAAGGUAUUUCCACAGUAGCUGACUUUGUCGAAUCUCAGUGCCAGCCCUGAGUGUCAUUCUGCAUUUUAUAACAUUGCCCAAUGGGCAAACUUUCCUCUGAAAGCACUGGCUCUGCUGUUGGAACCUGGACGGGAGGAGCAAUAACGAUCAUACCAAUGUUCUCGGUAGAAUGAAAUGGUAGAGCAGUAGAAGUGUAUGUGUUCCUAUGGACCCAUCUGGCACCCUGUGUUCUGUGUUUUCUGUGCAAUGUAUGAGUAAUGAGCAUUUGAGCAUUUGUCUCUCCACACUCCCCGGUGAACUAGGGACUGAACUCUCACCUUACUUCAUGUGUGCCUGUAAGUGAUCUCUCUCUUUGCCCAACUGAAUAUGGAAAUUCAUUGUUAUCUCCUGGUGUCUCUGUACAUUGUUGUGUCUGUGCCAACUCAUAGGGCAUUUGAAACUUCAGCAUGAGAGGAAUGUAUUUCCAAACUGUUUAUCUUUUACUUUUCAGAGAAAUGAAUAAAAACCCAAUAUUAAUGUUUGUACACUAAAAUAAAAUGAGAAAUGAAUAUCA